UACUGAGGAACAAACAGGUUUCGGUUUUCGGAGUCAUUCAGCGCCUCCUGGAGGAAGAAUUGAGUGUUUGCUGCUCAAUGCGACACUCGCAUGCGCCGUACGGCAGAUGUUUACUACAGUUCUGAACACGUUUGCGGCGGCAACACGGCAGUGGACAGGAGUGAUCACAGCCCUUUCAAAAUAAUUCAGCAAUAAAUACUGGGAAUAUUCUCAUCAUCAAGGCUAGAAGUGCAUCUGAACACGCAGGAGACACUCCAGGUGAAUCUGUGUGCCGUACUAGAGUAAAGAUGGACUUUAUUAAAGAGGAGAUUGAAGACAUGAGUGAUCCAGAACCAUCCAGAAUAAAACAUGAAGAUACUGAGGAAGAAAUAGACCAGGUGAGAGUGAAAGAGGAAAGACAAGAACUGAAUGAAGUGGAGGAGGAACAUCAUAACUUUACAAUUCAAAGAACAAAAGCCAAAAAGACGCACACCUGCACUCAGUGUGGAAAGAGUUUCACACAUAAAGGACACCUUAAAACACACAUGAGAAUUCACACUGGAGAGAAACCGUAUCCAUGCACUCAGUGUGGAAAGAGUUUCAAACGUAAAGGAGACCUUAACUCACACAUGAGAAUUCACACUGGAGAAAAAACGCAUACAUGCACUCAGUGUGGAAAGAGUUUCACACAUAAAGGAAACCUUAACACACACAUGAGAACUCACACUAAAGAGAAACCGUAUACAUGCACUCAGUGUGGAAAGAGUUUCAAACGUAAAGGAGAUCUUAACACACACAUGAGAAUUCACACUGGAGAGAAAACGUAUACAUGCACUCGGUGUGGAAAGAGUUUCACACAUAAAGGAAACCUUAACACACACAUGAGAACUCACACUGGAGAGAAACCGUAUACAUGCACUCAGUGUGGAAAGAGCUUUUCUCAUGCAUCAACUCUCAGUGCUCAUCUGCUCAUUCACUCUGGAGAAAAGCCAUUUAACUGUGAUCAGUGUGGUAAAGAUUUUAUUUCAUCAUCAAAACUAAAAGAUCACCUAAACAUUCAUUUAGGUGAGAGGCCUUAUGUGUGUUCUCUCUGUGGAAAGAGUUAUUCAAGGCAGGACAGUUUUAAACAGCACCAGAAAACACACAAAUUGAUAUAUCAUUUGUGCUUUGACUGUGGGAAGAGCUUUACUACAUCUUUUCAUCUGAAACUGCACCAAAGAAUUCAUACUGGAGAAAAACCUUACAAGUGCCCACAGUGUGACAAGAGUUUCGCUGAGUCUGGAUACCUGAAAUUACACAAGCGAUUUCACACUGUAGUGAAGCCGUACGACAAUUCUAGUAGUCUAGUGACUCAUAUUAGAAAGCAUUGUUCUGUGUCACAGUGAGCAAAUGUUUUGUUAGAUUCACAUAAAGUAGCCUAAAUGUGUAGUUAGUUAACUAAUAAACUAGUGUUGCUGUGAAAUACCAUGAGAUUAGUGUUUUAUAAGUUUGAGAACAAGAAUAUUAUUGAUGUAGACCCUGAAUUGAUGUAUCGUUUCUUUUGUGUUCUGCUAGCAGAAAUAUAGUAGCUAUGUCCUGAAAUAUGGGCCAGGUCAAUUGUCCCUGGAAACAACUUUUCUUUUUUCUUUUUGUAUUAAUAUGUGUUUAUAAAAUGUGAGGUGUUGAAAUAUC